GAUGGGCUGACAAGUGGAUCCAAGAUGGCGUAGAAAGUAAAGCUAGAUUCCAUCUUGUCUACAUGGCGUGGACACAAUGUGCAAAGGAUUGAGCAAAUGCCAAAAAAACAUACAUUCUGUCCCUGAGUCAUGGCGGACAGGAGAGCGGAAAAGUCAUGUGAAGAAGCUAGCGGAUCCCUAGCGAGGCGGGAGUACGAGGCAGCCGUCAGCCACUGCACCGACGUUCUGCUGACCCUCGGACCCCCGGCCCCGCCCAGCGCUGCCCCCGAUGCCACCACGCCCCUCCGCAGCCGCGCCUUCCUCUUCAGGAUCGCCGCCUUCCUGCAGCUGAAAAACUAUGAUCAAGCUGAUGAGGACUGCAAACACGUGCUGGCUGAGGAGCUGGCCAGGGCAGACGGGUCGUUCCAGGCCAGCCUGCGCCUCAUGCUGCUGGACGGUAGCCUGCAGGAAGUGGCCAGCAUUCUCUCCAAGUCCCUGUUUGGAGAGCCCAUGAAUGGGAUCGUCACAAAGGACCUGACUAGAUUAAAAAUGCUUCUCUCCGAAAUUGAAACUGUGAACGGGGAGAUGGCGCCAGAGUACACGGAAGAGACGGAGGAAGAGGUGCAGGACGGCUGGCAGUUCCGCCCCCCUCCCAGAGGAGUGACCAGCAGUGAGGAGUACACGUUGUGCAAGAGGUUCCUGGAGCUGGGCCUGUGUCGCUACGGGGCCCAGUGCACCUCCGCCCACUCCCAGGGGGAGCUGAUGGAGUGGCAGAAGCGCUACGCCUCGCGCCUCAUCCGCCUCAAGCAGCACCAGGAGAGCAAGCACUUCACCGAGAACUACAUGGAGGCCCUCAUCGAGAAGUGGAUGAACUCCCUCUCGCCCGAGAAAGUGCUGAGUGACUAUCUGGACGGAGUCAACGUGGAGACCAGCUCCAGCCUGUCGGUGACCGUCACCACUAAGAAGUCCUCCCACUCCUGGACCUUCUCCUUGUUCUGCAAGCCGGCCAGGAAGCUGUACCGCAUCGCCCUCCUCUACGACGCCCACCGGCCCCACUUCUUCAUCACGGGCGUGUCGGCCGGCGCCGAGGCGUCUUCGGGGCCGAGCCCCAGGCUGCGGGCGGCGCCCGAGGCCUGCCAGGAAUGGACGCCGGGCGAGGAGGCGCCGGGCGACAACGGCAUGGACCACUGCACGUACACGGUGGCGGUGGGCUUCAGCACCGAGAUCUUCGGCACCUUCCGCCAGACCAUUGUCUUCGACUUUGGCUCGGAGCCCGUGCUCAUGCAGCGCAUCAUGGUGGACGCCGCCUCCAUAGAAGACCUGGAGCACCUGAUGCAGGCCAGGCAGCAGCUCCUGAUGACGGCCAAGCGCUGGGACUCGUCCUGCAAGACCAUCGUGGAGUUCGGCCCCAACGAGACGGUGGAGCUGGAGCGCAGCCUGCUGGUCCGCUACCAGAUCCCGCUGUCGGCCGACCAGCUGUUCACCCAGUCGGUCCUGGACAAGAGCCUGACCCGCGACAACUAUCAGGCCCGCCUCCACGACCUGCUCUACAUCGAGGAGAUCGGCCAGUACAAGGAAGUCAGCAAGUUCAACAUCAAGGUCAACCUCCAGCUGGUCACCAGCUUCAUGCUCACGGGCAUUUCCGGCGGGGCCAAGUACGCCCAGAACGGCCAGCUCUUCGCCCGCUUCAAGCUGACGGAGACGCUGUCGGAGGACACGCUGGCGGGCCGCCUGGUCAUGACCAAGGUCAACUCGGUCCUCCUCCUGCCCCUGGCGCGGGAGUGGGGCCACCAGCAGCCGCCGGGGGUCAAGGAGCGCGUGUACGAGGCGGUGAUCGAGGAGAAGACCAAGGACUACAUCUUCCUGCGGAUAUGCAAGGACUGCUGCGAGGAGCUGGGCCUGCUGCCCGACAGGGAACUACAGGUGGAGCUGCAAUUCCAGUUGAACCGCCUGCCGCUGUGCGAGAUGCACUACGCUCUGGACCGCAUCAGAGACACCACUAUCCUGUUCCCUGACGCCAGCCUCACCCCCACCAUCCCCUGGAGCCCCAACAGCCCUGAACGGCAGUGGGACGAGCAGCUGGACCCGCGGCUCAACGCCAAGCAGAAGGAGGCCAUCCUGGCCAUCACCACGCCCCUCAGCAUCCCCCUGCCCCCCGUGCUCAUCAUCGGGCCCUACGGCACGGGCAAGACCUUCACCCUGGCACAGGCCGUCAAGCACAUCCUCAGGCAGGACGACAGCAGAGUCCUCAUUUGCACCCAUUCCAACAGUGCGGCAGAUCUGUACAUAAAGGACUACCUUCAUCCGUAUGUGGAAGCAGGCAAUGAGCACGCUAGACCUCUCAGGGUAUACUUCAGGAACCGCUGGGUGAAGACGGUCCACCCGGUGGUGCAGCAGUACUGUCUGAUCUCCAACACACAGUACACGUUCCAGAUGCCCGGGAGGGAGGACAUCCUCAGGCACCGCGUGGUGGUCGUCACCCUCAGCACCUCCCAGUACCUCUGCCAGCUCGACCUUGAGCCCGGGCUCUUCUCCCACAUCCUGCUGGACGAGGCGGCCCAGGCCAUGGAGUGUGAGACCAUCAUGCCUUUCGCCCUGGCCAGCAAGAGCACCCGCAUCGUGCUGGCGGGAGACCACAUGCAGCUCAGUCCGUUUGUGUACAGCGAGUUUGCGCGGGAGCGCAACUUGCACGUGUCUCUGCUGGACCGCCUGUACGAGCACUAUCCCCCAGAGUUCCCCUGCCGCAUCCUGCUGUGUGAGAACUACCGCUCCCACGAGGCCAUCAUCAACUACACGUCGGAGCUGUUCUACGACGGGAAGCUGAUGGCGAGCGGCAAGCAGCCGUCCCACAAAGACUUCUACCCCCUCACCUUCUUCACGGCCCGCGGCGAGGACGUCCAGGAGAAGAACAGCACGGCCUACUACAACAACGCCGAGGUGUUUGAGAUCGUGGAGCGCGUGGAGGAGAUGCGCAAGAAGUGGCCAGUGGCGUGGGGCAAGCUGGACGAGGGCAGCAUCGGCGUGGUGUCGCCCUACGCCGACCAGGUGUUCCGCAUCCGCGCCGAGCUGCGCAAGAAGAGGAUGCACGAGGUCAGCGUGGAGAGAGUGCUCAACGUGCAAGGUAAGCAGUUCCGGGUGCUCUUCCUCAGCACGGUGCGCACGCGGCACACCUGCAAGCACAAGCAGACGGCCAUUAAGCGCAAGGAGCAGCUGGUGGAGGACUCCACCGAGGACCUGGACUACGGCUUCCUGUCCAACUACAAGCUGCUCAACACGGCCAUCACCCGGGCCCAGUCCCUGGUGGCCGUGGUGGGAGACCCCAUAGCCCUCUGCUCCGUGGGCAGGUGCAGGAAGUUCUGGGAGCACUUCAUCUCGAUCUGCCACGAGAACUCCAGCCUGCACGGCAUCACCUUCGAGCAGAUCAAGGCCCAGCUGGAAGCCCUGGAGCUGAAGAAGACCUACGUGCUCAACCCUCUGGCCCCCGAGUUCAUCCCCCGCGCCCUGCGAGCCCCCCAGCACGCCCACCCCCACGCCCACCCCCAGCAUCCCCACCCCCAGGCCUCCGUGGGCAAACAGGGGCCCCAGCAGCAGCAGCAGCAGCAGCUGCAGCAGCAGUCUCCCCCCAAGGGGAAAGGACAACAUGCCAACCACACGGAGCUCUUUCCACCUGAAGGGUUUGUCCAACCCAACCCAGCGGUGCUGAUGGGGAACCCCAUCCGGGCGUUCUCCCCGCCCCCGGGGAGCACGCCGGCGGGCAUGGGCAAGUCUCCCAGCCCCGUGCAGCGGAUCGACCCCCACACGGGCGCCAGCAUCCUCUACGUGCCCGCGGUCUACGGCGGCAACAUGGUCAUGUCCAUGCCUCUGCCUUUACCUUGGCCCGGCUACCAGAACCGCUUCCCCAUGGACCCACGCAUCAUGAGCCACCAGGCUGCCAUGGCCUACAACCUGAACCUGCUAGCCCAGAACCGCGGCUCACCAAUCCCCUACGGCAGCGGGGGCGUGGCCCACCCCUCCCCUCUGGGCCUGGGCCAGCAGACCAGCCCCGACAAGGAGCUGCAGGCCGACCCCAUCAGGAACGGUAAGAUGGAGGGCUGUCCCAAGUCGGAGCAGAGCCGCCUUCAGACACCAGAGAAGAAAUCUUCAGACAUGAAGGACAAAGGGGAGCUGGACCCCGGAGGACCAGGUCGAGGCCUGGACCCCGGGACAGAUGGAAUGGGCUUCCCCAAUGCUGCUUUGCUCCACCGCAAGGACCCCUCAGGCCAAAGACCCCUCAACUACCACCUGGCUCCCCCCAAUCCAGCAUUCGCCCCCGGGCCCCACCCAGGGGGCCGAGCCUUCCAGUACCCCGUCUCCAGGCUCCCGUUCCGGGUCCCCCCCCAGCAUCCCGGCUCCUCCAUGACCCAACAGAACCAACAACAGCAUUCGGCCCAGCUGUCGCCCGCCUACCCCAGUAGCAGUCACAAUCCUUCUUUCUUCAGCGGGCCCAUGCCCCCCCACAGAGGAGUGCAGUCUCCAGGCUUAGAAGGCGACCCCGGCGUCUCGGAGGAGAUGGGCAACUCGAUAAGGGGUCCCAUUGGGCACCAUGGAGGUCACCACCCAGCCCUGUCCCAGCCCGGCAGGGUCAAUAGCUUCGGGGAGGAGAGCCAAGAUGGCGGAAUGGGAGAUGGACUUGACCCUGUAGCUCUUGAGGCCCUGACCCAGCAGGCCAGACUGGGCCAGUGGGGCGACCCAGGGCCGUUCCUCCAGGGCGGGGUGGCCUUCCCACUGCCCCAGCAGCUGGCCCACCUGGCCCAGCCCGGCCUGGCCCGCUUCCCCCCACAACUGCUCCGGGCCAACUGGAGAAUGAGCGCCAGCAUGGAGGAGGAGGCUGGUGCCGCCGGCCCGCCCUUCAGCAGGUACCCAGGCCUCCUGAGAGAGAUGCCCCCCCAGGAGCAGAUGGAUCCCAGGGACCCGACUGAGAUGCAGCCCCCUCCCCAGUCCCGCCUGCUCCAGUACCGCCAGGUCCAAUCCCAGUCCCGUUCCCCGGGGGACCCUUCUUCUCCAUCUGCCACUACAGCCAAUCACACAAGCUCCUUCCCUCCAUGUUCCUACCCCCUCGACCCCAGCCGCGAGCUGGACCUCCUCGGCAACCCGGCUCUGCAGCCGCACCCAGGGAACCCCCUCUACAACCCCAACGCAUACCCACACUCGGCCCACCAACCGCAAGGCCACUCCACCACCCCUCCUCCGGCGCAGGUCAAAUACCUCCUCCAGGAGGCCCAGUGGCCCCACGGCGGAGCUGCGGGAGUAGCCCAGAACCACAUGCUGGGACAGGGCCAAAGCCAAAGCUUCCCCUACGGGCUUCCAGUCAUGGCUCACCCCAGCAGGCAGGAGCAGGUCCACCUUAUGCAGCUUCACCAACAACAACAACAACAACAACAGCAGCAGCAGCAGCAACAGCAAGGUCAAGGUCCAGGCCAGGAAUCCUAUCAUCCACUCUCACCCAGAACAGCAGCCGCCACUGCCCUUCACAAUGUAGAAGAGUAUGAACCCAGGGGUCCCGGCCGGCCUCUCUACCAGAGGCGCAUCUCCUCGAGCUACCCAGACGAGACCGCCGGCGCCCAGGCGCCCCCGCCCUGUCCAGCCGACCUCCAGGAGCACCCCCAUCCCCAUCAGCACCCCCACCAACACGGCCACCCCCAUGCCCCCUACGGCUACCCCCCGCCCGAGCUGUGGCCUGGCAAUGGUGGAGGCCCCCCCGGCCCGUUCCACAACAUUCCAUGCAACGGAGCCAGCACACUUCAGCACCGGGACCUCAUAGCAGCAUCAUCCAAGGCUUUGCGGCAGGCAGAGGAGCAGAUGAAGGCAGAGGCGGCGGCGGCAGCUGCCACCCAGCCACCCCCCCACUCCCUCCAGCACCUUGGACAGUUCCCCCCCCUCAUGCCCAACAGCAAGCAGCAGCAGCCCCCCUCAGAGCCAGGUCAGAGUCCUGGGGGCUCCCAAAGCCUCAGCAAACCUCCCACCAUGUCCUACGCCAGCGCCCUGCGGGCCCCGCCCAAGCCCCGAGCGCGCCCCGAACAGGUCAAGAAGAACAGCGACCCACUUUCCUUACUUCAAGAGCUCAGUAUAGGAAGUUCAAACGGUAGCAAUGGAUAUUAUUCCUAUUUUAAAUGAGUCCCCCCCCCCCCUAUUCCUCUCCUUUAUAUAGAAAAAAAGCUACAAAAAAAAGAUAAAAUUGAUGAAAAGGAAGAAAGAAAAAAAAAAUGGUACAAGUGCUUUUACAAAUCGUUUCUAUUGAUAGUUAUUGUUUCCCGCUUUUCUUUUGUUUCAAACUUUUAUUUGUAACAGUCAAAUGAUUCUUCUGUUUCACAUAUCUGUGAAAAAGUAAGAAAAAAAAAAAAAAAGUAUAUAUAAUGAAUGCAUUACUGGUAUAUAUACAUACUCAUUGUGUAUAUAUGAAUAUAUACUUAUAAUAUGUACACUUGUAUAUGUACGUAAUGCCAAAAAAGAACAAAAAAAAAGUUUACAAAAUAUUUUAAAAACACAGGAUUCGGUUGACCACUUAGCUGCCUGUUAGCUUUAACCCUUUUUGAAGUUGGUUAUGUUGGCCAUUAAAUAAGUCUGUUAAAAGGGUUUCUUUGUUUAGUUUGUUUUUUCAAUUGUGUGAGUGGACUUAAAGCGUCUUGAUUUUCAUCCUGGUUGUGAAAACAGGCAGAACAGCUAAGUGGUCAAUUGAUGUAUUGAACUAUAUGGAACAAUGUAUAGAAGUAGAUAAAUUUCCCUCUUAAUCUGUACAUAAAAGAAAAUAAAUGACUGAGUUGUAUGCCACAGACAUGUACCUAAAUUUUCCUGUACCAUGUUAGCAUUUAGUCUUGGUUUGCUUUGGAUCCUUAAUCCUUAAACACCUAAUCCUCACCUUUUAACAUCAACUACAGCAUCAAAGAUUAAUCAGUUUUGUCAUAUUGAUUCUUGCAUAAACGCACACACCGCAAAACAUACAAAAAUGCAUUUAUAGAUUUCAAGAUGUCGGUCGCACGUACAUUUUCCCUUUUCCACAGGCUUCGUGUCUUUGAAAAUAUGGAAAACGAUAGAAACAUGAUAAGCCUGCAUAGUUGCAUUUGAAGCGAGGUGUAGCCCCCACCAUUGUGUGAUUCCAUCUUAGUGAAGAAGGGGCAUAAAAAGAACCCAAGUCCAAUACCAUCUUUGUGGACCGGUGCUUUGACUAGCCAAUGCAUGUGCUCUAAAGUACAGUCUUCUGAAAUUUGCAGGCUAUGUUUAUCUGUUGUAGUUAUGUUGCUAGUAUACCGCUACUUCUGUUUCCACUUAUAGCUUGAGACAGUUUUCUCUCCUUCCUGACUAAAAGGUCUGUGUAGGUGGGUUGUGCUGUGAGCGGAUUCCAUCUCAACUUGUUGCAUUACCAAUCAACAAUUAUUUUCCAGUGAUUUCGUUUUUUUUUUUCAGGUAUAUGUUAAUGGUUUGUCUUUUGGAAUGUUUUUUUAAUGUGAUGGUGACUCAAAAGGAAUGUGAAAGUGUAGAGGGGAUAUGCUCAAGCAGGUGGGCAUGCAGGAUGGUUGGCGGAUGUGAAAUCAAAAUUUGAUGCGUCUUUGUCCUUUGAUUCAAGCAUAACGGUGAUCCAGAAACAAGUGAUUCUUUCAAGUGAUGUUUUGACCAAUUUAAACCCAGUAAAAUACAAUUUACUCCCUCUGUCGAAACUCAUGACAGCAAUAUCACUACCUUGCAUUCGGUUCUUUUUAACAAAGGUUACAUUUACAGAACUCUUGAGACAUUUUAUUAUUGUUGUCGGGUAAAUUUAGAAUGCAGGAAUAUUGGUUUUUGUGGCAAGUAUGUUUUGAUUUGUAAUGUAUGUAAAUACAAUCAUCAUGGGUCAUCGACCACACAAAAUAUAUCUUCCAGUGUAGGCCAAUUUUGACCAGAGAGCACUUCUAACUAACACAUCUAAACCAAUUAUUUUAAGAACGAAACAUAUUAGGGUUGAUUCAUCAAGCUGAACGUAAAUCUUUUAUAGUGUGUGCUCUCUAUUUACUUAUAUAUAUAUAUCAACAUUAAAAAAAUAACAACAAAAUAAUCAUGCCAAUGAUUAUCCAAAGCAAACUGGUAACAGGUUUGGUAUAAUUGUUUCAUGGUGUAAAGUUUUUGUAACCUUUUAUUUUACAGUUUUUAUUUGCCCCCCCCCCCCCCCACCCCAAACAACAAAACAAUUUUUUACAAUCACAGCAAUUGUGACUGAUUAUAAUUACAUUAAUUUAACUCUUUAGCUUUGAAUUAUCUGCCCAUCAACUAACAUAACUGUCUUGAGUCCAACACAUUAAAAAAAGCAUCUACUAAUCAUUUAUUUUUGAUCAAAUUUGAUAACAAUCAUCUUCAAUUAUUUAUUUCAAAUGAUUUCACUAGAAUUCCAAGGUCCAAAAUUAGAAAGGUUGGGCUUUUUUGACUUGUCACUCAAAGUACACAAACUUGUAAAUAUGCAUUUUCUAGGUAUUUACAAAAAAGGUUUUGGGAUCGCCUCAAUUUUGUAGAAGCAGUUUAAAGAAGAGGUAUGCCCUUUUUAAUUAUGCAAAUUCACUAAAACUACCGAAAUGGACAAGGAGGACCCAGUUGUCAGUUACAAUGUUGUAUAGUAUAUAUCCAUAUAUAUAUAGUAUAUAAUGUAAUUUUUUGAUUUAAUUUUUGUAAGAUCACUUGUGGCUGUUUUGACAAAGAUUGCAUUUUAUGUUGCAGGCUAAUAGCAUUUUUUUUUUCUUCUGUAGAAUACCAAUUUUUUUGGUAAUAUUUCCGUAUUUCCUUCUAUUUUAUCACUAAAUCAAAACCGUUAAACAAGAUCCCUUUAAUUUUACCGGUGCUUUGUGGUUCGACAAUGAUUUUCGUGAAGACUGUGCGUUCAUUUUGUGCAUGCCAAGAUGACCUGGCUAGUUUUCCCCCCUGUUUUUAUCAAAUGGUUUGUAUUGAUUUGUGUAAAAAGAGAAACAAAAUCAUGCUUUUGUUCUGUCCCUACAAAGUCACAUUUUUAUAUAUUAUUUGAUGUGUACAAUGACUUGUGACAUUAUGAACAAAACUAUUAUAAUAUUUUACUAACAUGUCAAUGAGUUAUGUAAUGGUCAUGUAAUUUUUCUGGAAUUAUUUUGCUGGGCAGGUUGCUCCCAAUACAUGCCACAUUGUUUAGUCUUGAACAUUGCAAAUAAGUGUUGAACGUCAAUCUGUUUCCCACAAAUUAGUUGUUGUAAAUGGGGCAAUACUAAUUCCUCCUAAUUUCCACAGUCUUUCAAAUGUCAAUUUCAGAAUUAAAUGAAAUUGAGCCAUUCUACAUGUUGGUCCCUUGUGUAUAUGGCAACAAAUUAUGGUAAACUUGUUUCCAGCAUGGUUCUGACUUUCUGACAUUGAGAAGGACUUUAAGGUAUAAAAAAGAAAACACUUAAAAAAAAUGAAUUAUUUGAUUUUCAUUCAGUGGGUUUGAAUGGCUUGCGCACCCACACCUGACCCCACUUGCAUAUCAACACACCUAAGUGUUUUUUUUUUUUUUUUUUAGUUCCUUCACGUUGCCUUUGUGUACACCUUGCCUAGCGAACUUAAAUGGCCGAUUUGUAUGGGAGCACCCUUUUGCCCAGCCAGUAGAGAGCACUGUGUUCAGCCUUUUGUAAAAGCCACAUCUUUUGUCAUAGUCGUCCAUCUUGUCUUUAGUCUCCUCUGUUCCCCUCUGUACAACAGUAAAUUCAUGGCACACCUGUUGUCCUGGAUACAGAUCCUAAAGGUUCCACACAUGUGGGUCCUUAAUAAUAAUGAAUAUUUCUGUUUCACUUUUCAUUUCAAUCGGUGGUGGUUAUGAUAAAGGAUUUAGACUUUGUGUUUCAAAGGUUUUUCUUUUCUUUUUGUUUUUUUUUUAAUUUGUUUCUCUAUUAAAGUGUUUUUAUUGAAAUGGUUA